UCCUUCCUUCUAGUCACGGAAGUCGGGUCAUAGCGGUCGACAUUUUCUUAGCAGUUUUAGCAUAAUAGACAGCUUUUCUUGAUUUUUGGGAGGGGACAACGACGUUGUCCUCGCUGCUUCUGCUUUACGUCUGACCUUCACCGUGAGUGAACAUGUGGUAUGAAAUCCUCCCCGGCCUCGGCCUUAUGACCGUGUGCAUGAUUCUUCCGGGCAUUGUGACCACACACAUCCACAAGUUCACCAACGGAGGAAAGGAGAAGAGGAUCGCACGGAUUCCGUGGCAGUGGUAUCUGCUGGAGAGGGACCGGAGGGUGUCAGGAACGGGUCAAUACUUUAACUCCAAGGGACUCGAGAACAUCAAAUGAUGAAGAGGAUUAUGAAAGAAGAGCGGAAAAAUCCAUGUUGUAAAUUAAAUAUAUAAAACUUUUGUCCUUUGAAAUCAGUUGUGAUUAAAUAAACUGUUCCACACUGGAA